AUGUUUGGGAUUCCGAAAUUCUUUGGUUGGAGGGGUAGAGCCCUCAAUUUGGCGAUAAGUUCCCUUGGGAGUCUUGACUUCUUGCUUUUUGGAUACGACCAAGGUGUGACAGGUGGACUGCUAGACCUUCCAUCUUUCACCAAGUACUUUACCGAUAUUGAUACCGCGGAUCCAGCCAUUCAAAAUGACCCGGCCGUCAGAUCACAGCGCAGUUUAAACCAAGGCAUCGCGGUUGCAUCGUAUAAUUUGGGCUGCUUUUUCGGUGCCAUCUUGACGGUCUUUAUCGGAAAUCCACUAGGCCGACGAAGGACUAUCUUCUGUGGCUGUGUCAUCAUGGCCACGGGUGCUUUACUGCAAGCCACUGCUUUCCAUCUGCCGCAUUUCAUUGUUGGGCGCAUCAUUACAGGGGUGGGAAAUGGAAUGAAUACAAGUACAGUGCCAACAUGGCAGUCAGAAUCUGCAAAGUCUCAUGACCGCGGUAAGAUGGUUAUGAUCGAAGGAAUGCUCAUCACCGCAGGCAUCACGCUUAGUUAUUGGAUCAAUUACGGGUUCUCGUUUAUCGGGGAAAGCGAAGUGGCCUGGCGGUUCCCGCUUGCCUUCCAAAUUCUUUUUGCCGUCGUGAUUUUUACUUCUAUUCUUAACCUGCCUGAGUCCCCACGAUGGCUUGUGAUGCAAGGGCGGAACGACGAUGCCUUAGAGAUUCUAGAGUGCCUUAACGAAAGAUCUCGCGAUGACCCUUACAUUAAGAAUGAGCUUUUAGCCAUCCAAGAAACUGUCAAGGAAAUGUCAAAGGGGUCGUAUAGGAGUCUUUUCGAUAUGAGCGAGUAUCGAGAAUUUCAUCGAGUGGCCCUCGCCUAUAUCAACCAAAUGUUUCAGCAAAUAUCUGGAAUUAAUCUUAUCACUUACUAUGCGCCAUCCCUGUAUAAGGAGAUUGGUCUCGGGGAAGGCAACCUUCCCAAGUUGUUAGCCGCUUGCAACGGCACAGAGUAUCUGAUGGCUGCAUUCAUUCCUAUUUUCAUUAUUGAAAAAGUCGGACGUCGUCCACUCAUGCUUUUUGGGGCCGCUGGCAUGUCACUCUCUAUGGCUGUCCUUGCCGGUACGAACUAUCGCCUGACUGUUCUUGGUGACCAGCAAGCCGGUGUUGGCCAGGCUGUGUUCUUAUUUGUAUUCAACACGUUCUUCGCCAUCGGUUGGCUUGGAAUGACGUGGUUGUACCCAGCAGAGAUUGUACCCCUGCGGAUUCAAGAGAUGGAUGCGAUAUUCAAAAAGUCUACGAACGUCUUCAAUGCCGUUUCUUUCUCCAUCAGAGAGCCCCACCGCUACGAUAAGCAUGGCCAGCUUAAGCCUGAGUAUCUUGAGGAAUCCGUUCUUUACGAGACAAAUUCUGUGCACGAUGCGGGACAGAAGCUCGAUAGCGAUGAAAGUGGCCAGAAGAUCAGCGUGUGA